GGGGGUGGGGCUGCGGGUAGGCGUGAGUGCGCGUGCGCGACGUGUGCGCGCGCUUGGCGUUGUGACGUGUGUGUGUGCGUCUUAAGUGCGCCGGGCUUCCUAGGAGGGGCGCGGUUGUAGGAGAACCAGGCAGGGUGUCUGAUGUGAGUGAGUUGCUCUGGCCGAAUAGUCGACGUGAUUAUUCUGAGCACUCACAUUUUGUUAGCUGCUAUUGUAUUUGUUGUGUAUGUAAUAACGUGCGGCUGGAGCUUUGACAAUUCUCUAGGGCUUUCAUUGCUCAGUUAACUCAUUUGUGCAAUGGAAGAGGGAAGAGGCUGUACUAGCUAGCCACCAAGGCCCUUUCCUGGCUCUAACAUUCCCCAGGUCCCCAGUUAUUAUUUAUUAUGUAUUCAUUUGUUAUUUGUUAUGUAUAAGCAUGACAGUAUCCUGAAGCCAUCGAAGGCUGUGUGACGGUGGAAGGUCUGGGACAAAUUUAAGAAGAGCGAGCUCUCCCUCCUUCACUAAGAGCAAAAAAUGAACAGAUCCCAGGAACAAGUGUCAUUCAAAGAUGUAUGUGUGGACUUCACUCAGGAAGAGUGGUAUCUGCUGGAUCCUGCUCAGAAGAUACUAUACAGAGAUGUGAUUCUAGAAAAUUACAGCCAUUUUGUCUCAGUUGGAUAUUGCAUUACUAAGCCAGAAGUGGUCUUCAAGAUAGAGCAAGGAGAAGAGCCCUGGAUAUUAGAGGCAGGAUUCCCAAGCCACUGCCACCAAGAAGACUGGAAAGUUGAUGACCUGAUAGAGAGCAGCCAGGACAAUGAAGAUGAACAUUUUUGGCAACUGGCUUUCACUACCAACAAAACAUUAAAUAUAGAUAGUUGUGAUAGAGUAAGAAAAGCUUUCAAUCUGGGCACAGAUUCUGUUCCUUCAAGAAAUUUUCCGUAUAAGAUAUGUGACUCAUGUGAAAUGAGUUUGAAAAAUAUUUCAGGCUUAAUUAUUAGUAGAAAGAGCUAUUCUGGAAAGAAGCCUGAUGAGCUUAAUGUAUAUGAGAAAUUGCUCCUUGAUAUUAAGCAUGAGAAAACUCCUGGAGGGAAAUCUUAUAGAUAUAAUCAAAAAAGGAAUGUGCUCAGUCAUAGCCACAAUCUCAGUCAGCCAAUUUUUGACCAGCCUUCUGAGUAUAAUGAAAAUGGACAAGCCUUCCAUGAGGAAGCGGCCUUUUUCACAAACAAGAAAAUACAGAUAGGAGAGACACUCUGUAAAUAUAAUGCAUGUGGAAGAACCUUCAUCCACAGUUUAGAGCUCAGUUUAUCUCAGAGAACUCAUUUGGAGAUGGAGCCAUAUGAAUGCAAUAUUUGUGGGAAGUCCUUCUAUACAGAUUUAAGACUGGGACAUCAGAGAACUCUUACAGGACAGACUCCUUAUGAAUACAAUGAAUAUGGGCAAACCUUCUGUGAUAACUCAACUUUCAUUAUCCAUCAGGGAGCCUAUGCAAGAAAGAUUCCCCAUGAAUAUAAAGUAGGUCCUAAAACCUGGGAAAAGUCAACCCUUUUUAAACAUCAAAUAGUACACAUGGGCAAAAAACCUUAUGAGCACAAUGAAAAUGGAAAUAACUUCAACAAGAAAUCACAUCUCACCCAACUUCGAAGAAGUCAUUCAGGAGAAAAAACCUUUGAAUGCGGUGAAUGUGGGAAGACAUUCUGGGAGAAGUCAAACCUCACUCAACAUCAAAGAACACACACAGGAGAGAAGCCCUAUGAAUGUACUGAGUGUGGGAAAUCCUUUUGUCAGAAACCACACCUUACCAACCAUCAGCGAACACAUACAGGAGAAAAACCCUAUGAAUGUAAGCAAUGUGGAAAAACGUUCUGUGUGAAGUCAAACCUCACAGAACAUCAGAGAACACACACAGGGGAGAAACCAUAUGAAUGUAAUACAUGUGGGAAAUCCUUCUGCCACAGGUCAGCCCUAACUGUCCAUCAGAGAACACACACAGGAGAGAAACCCUUCAUGUGUAGUGAAUGUGGGAAGUCCUUCUGUGUGAAGUCAAACCUCAUUGUACAUCAAAGAACUCACACAGGGGAGAAACCCUAUAAAUGUAAUGAGUGUGGGAAAACCUUCUGUGAAAAAUCAGCUCUCACUAAACAUCAGAGAACUCACACAGGGGAGAAGCCCUAUGAGUGUGAUGGAUGUGGGAAAACCUUCAGUCAGAGGUCAGUACUCACAAAACAUCAGAGAAUUCACACAAGGGUGAAAGCUCUUUCAACAUCCUGAUGUCCAGAAGCCUUCACCUGCUCUUUCAAGUUAUUAUACCAUUUUAAAAAAAUGAGAUGAAGCCCAAAGAAUGCCUCACAUUACUAGAAAGCAAUGUCUUAUCAUACUUCAAUUAAUACUAGCAUAAAACCAUACUGAUAUUUUGAAUAUGUGAAAGCUCUGAAGAAAAACUGAAACUUUUAAUCAGAAAAUUUAUAUUGAGGGGAAAUUUCUUCACUUAAGAAAUGUGGUAGAAGUCUUUGUCUAGAAUUUAUGUUGUGUCAUAUUCCAGAUGUGAUACCAAAUUUUAUUGUAAAUAUAGUGGAUGGUAUUCAUUCAUACCUAUAUUCAAGUGGAAUCUGAAGUUUAAAAAAAGUUGAAUCACAACAACAUUAAACAAUUAUGAAGAGUUCCUGAUGUUUGCAGGCCUGAUGUGGGUAUAGUAAUAUAGCAGAAAUUAGAUGUAUGCUUGAUUUGCAUAUUGUAGUCCAACAGACUUAUGAAGAGAAAAUAUCUUUUAAUUAAAGAACUAUUAUGGUCUAUAUUAGUAUCUUCCACACUAAAUACCACCAGUGUCUUUAUAAGUUGCCAUAAUUAUAUAUGUAUAUAUAGUGUAUAUGUAAAUAUACAUGUAUUUAGUGGUGUGUUAAGAGUAAGCUCACACUGGCUUGCAACUGCCAAUGGUUAAAUUUUCAGGAAUUUUGUGAGCCAGUACUUAAACAGUCAUUAUUUAAAAAUUAAAUUAUAUUAAAAACAAAGGUAAUAAAUUCUCAGCACUCAUCAAUUCCUAAUUAUUUUAUAACAAACAUUUUGUUCUUUGUUCUUUAGGUCACUUUUAUUACUGAGUCAUAUGGUAAAAAUACCGUCUAAUGUGCUACCGCCCAUCUCUUCCCACCUCUGCACUCAGUGUCGUCCUGUGGGUAGCUUGCUGUAGUGGGAGUGUUUACACCCUGGAAAUUGGCAAACUGUACAAACCGGGGUUCUUAUUUUCUCAGAGAACCUGUUGUCAAAUAUUUACCAGCACACCACUGUGUAUAUAUGAAAAUACACCUGAACAAUUUGAAGUACAGACUACGUACACCCCUCUCUCAUAUCCUGACAUAGAUAAAUGGCUAUGGCCAUUAUUGUUGAACUGCCUCUUCAGUAAAGAACCCCAAAUUUCUUUUUGUGAGGUUUUUAAACUACCUCUGCAUCAGUCUUAAUUGUAAAUACUACCUGAGUCUCUUUAUAGUUUGGCCAGUAUAUGUUAUUUUACGACCUCACCACCAACCUUCCGUCUGACGUUGCCGGCAAAUAAGAUUUAGUAUGGCCAUUGUUACUGAUCUACUACUACUUCCCAAAGAAGCCAAAUAAUAUUUUUCUGAGGUUUUUCAGUUGCCUCUGGGUCAGUCUAUGAUGUUGUAAGUACUGUUAGUAACAGUGGGAUUUACAUGAAUUUUGCAAAGGUUAACAUCAUUUAUGAACAGGAACACUCAAUGCACUCCACAAAUAAAAAGUAUGUACUCGAAUGCCACUUUCCUACUCUUGGUAUUUCAUUACUGUAUCUAUUUAGGCAUGAUCUGUUGUAUGUGACCCAGGAACUAUGUAUUUGUAUUUAAAAUACUAGGGUGUCAUGCACUGUCCCUGCCUCCUUUGUCCUACUGUUUUCCCACACCACCUUGGAACACACUGAUCAGCAGUUCCAAGAGACACUGCCCACCCACCACCCUGCUGCUGAUUUGCUGGGCUCUGUUUUGUUUCUCUUUCCAUUCUUCCCCCACAUGAUUUAGGAGUAAAUCCAGAUUAAUCUGAGUUAAUCAUGGAGAUGCUGUUCUAAUGAUUUUGUUGAGAUGUUUGGAAAAUAUUCUGCGGUACUUCUGGGAGAGAUCUCAGUGAUAAACUAUUGUGACAUGAGAAGACAAAAGGAGAGAUUGUCUCUCUUAUGCUGGACUUUUUCAUGUUUGUACAUCAUACCAAAUUAUAGCUUGUGGCCCUGAAGGGCAGUAGUCUGAAGAUACCAGCAGACAAAAUGGGAAAAGCCUGGCUCAGAGGGGACUCCCGUCGUUGAGCUGCACAACUCCAUCUGGACCUGUUCUCGGCUAGGACUUUCUAUUACCGUGGUAAUAAUGAUUGCUUAUUUAUCCUUAGGGCUGUCUGUUAUUUCAGCUGAAGGCAUUCCAGCUGGUACAGACAAGUACUUCAUUCUAAAUGUUCAUGUUCUAUAUAGUGAUUUCGGGGAAGAAUGAUUUCUUUUGACAACUUAACACAAGAAUAGCUAUUUGUAUCAGCCCUGCUUCUAAUGAAAAACAGAAUUCUACCCCAACCAAGAGGAUUGUGAUGGUAGAUGUAUUACAGUGGUAUGGGCCAGAAACAAGGGAUCCUGAAGCACCUAGAGACUAGCAUUACCCAGAAACUGUGAGCAUUCUAGGUCGUAAAGGGGCAAAGAUGGAAAUUAGUGUCACCAGAGCCCAAUAAGAGCUGCUCUCAUGGAGGAGAGACCACCUCCUGGAAGAUAUUGUCCCUCCAAGAAUCGUGGCACUGAAUUGCUGGUGCCUCCCUUUGGAGAACGCAACCAGAUGCGAUCUGCAGGUUAGCCCAGGUGGGCGCAGAGAAAGUGGAGAGGAGUUCUGGGUGGAGCCAAUGGAUAAUAAGCAGCACAGUGUUUUUUUUUUUUUUUAAAUUUUUAUUUUUGUAAAUUCCUAUGUAAAGUCCCAGUAUUAGAAAUAAACAUUCUACUAGUUGGAAGUUAAGUAUUUCUACUUCAUUGUGCUUUUGUGUAGUAGGUAAAUUCCUUUUGGAACUGAGCACUGUGCCAGGUAUGUCUUGGUUGAUAUGUAUGAAGCAGACAUUAUGUUAAAUGACAUUAUUCAGAUACCCCUCUGUGGUGUUUCCUGUUACACGUGUUGUGAGAUAAGCAGCUCUGUAUUCUUCCAAAUAAAUAGCCAGUUGUCCCUGCAUCGUUUGAUUAAUUUACCCCUUUCCUUGUCCACCUGAUAGGGUAUUUUUAGCAGGUACUUAAAUAUUAUGAGUAGUGGCUGUUGCUUUUCAUCUGCUCGAGGCAACUUUUCUACAUUCUUCCUAUAAGAUAUAGUCCAUCCUUGUGAACACAAGAGUUGACAUUUAUCCCAGAUGAUACCAUCUCUUCCUGGACCCACAUUUGUAUUGAUCCAGGAAUGGCUAUUUGUUACAAAAUAGGCCAAUGAGAACUUAUCCUAGAAUAUUUUUCACAAGUCACCAUGACCAGAUAGUUUGUGUCCUUGUUGCUGUGAGAAGUCCUCUCAAGAAAUAUGUCUGUAAGGGAGAAGAUGAUAGGGAUAAAUGCUGUAAAGUAAAACGAAAAUAGGAAAAGUCAGAAGUUUGCUUCUACAUAGCAUGGAGAUGGAACGACCUUACUGGGAAGACUACUGUGGAGGGAAUGAACCUUUUGGUUAUCUGGAGAGUGUGCAUGCACACACGCGCACGUGUGUGUCUGUGUAAUACAUGUACAUGUAUAACCAACAAUUUUACAUACCUAUGAUUUUGUUUCCUGAAACAACACCCUAAUUACCUGUAAAAUACUUUGAUAUUUUAUUUUGUAUUGUACCACAUUCUGUUAAAAGAAAUGCUUGUUCCCAUUUACUAAACUGAUUGCACAGCCCAUGAAUGGGUCAUCUCCCAGAACUUAAACACCAGUGCUCAAGUGCAAAAUCAGAAAAGGAAUGGCUGGGUCAUAGGUAUGGUUUUCUGAAAUGACUAAGUGAUGUACAUUCCCAGUGCCUAGAUAGUGUUUCCUGGCAACCCCCUAGAACCUGUCUUUUGGGAAUUGGGCCCAUUUUCUGUGUGGAAUGUGUCCUCGCCUUGCCUGGUGUGCCCUGUCACUUCACAUCCCGCCUGUACUUGGCAAGGAAAGGUAGAGCCGUAGCCUCUGGAAAGGUUCAACCCGUGGGUAUCCUAGAUUCCCUCAACCAACCUACUUGUUGCCCACAGUAGGGAAUUGCAGUUGUAGCUGUCCUUGCCCUACCCCUUCGACCUCCGUGUUUCUGUGGAUGGCUUAGCCUGUUCUGAUUCCGUGGAACCUUCAUGGGCCACCGAGCGAUGGGACACUACGUAAUCUUCAUCUCCUUCCUCUUUCCCACCCGCCCCUCCUUUCAGACUCUGCACAUCUCCAGGCUUCUCUUUCAGACAACGAGGAACUGAUAUCUGCUCUUAGACACCACUUUUCAAGAGCAAGGUCCUGUCAGAUACUUAGCGAGUUGGAAAAGUGACGCUUGCUAUCUUGCUUGCUCCACUGUAUGUGGAAUUCAUAGUUUGGGAUGGUUGAUCCUCCCUGGUUCCUUUGCCUUAUAUACAAAGUGGGAAUAGUUAUCCCCAUCUGAAAGAGCAGGCCUUAGUUUUAGCUUACUUGCUGUGACACACAGACCAAAAAUUCUUGUCUAACCACCACCAUCCUCCUCCCCACUCCUGCCAAAGAAGUUCAUUCACAUCCUGAGAGGACAGCAGGGGAGUUUAGAACUAUUUGAACUCCAGGCCCUAGUGAAGGUAUGUCCUGCUCUGUGGGGUGUCCGACCACAUUCUUUAAAUUAGAAGAGGAACUUAGAGAAGCAUGGCAACUGUGACUAGUGCCCAGGAGCUAGUGGGACUUCCUUAGCCUUCCUAGGACUGGGUGCUCCUGUGCUGUUGGUCCAUACCAGCUGUGCAGGUUGGGGGAAGAGGGCAUAAAUAUUCUUUGGAAUGUAACAGAGGAAUCGUCUUCUCCCCCAUCUCUCAGUUGCCUCUCCUAAAAUAACUGUUGGUUUUUAGUUCAGCAUGUACCCUAGGCCUUUUCCCAUGCAUUUUAAUCCAUAUUUGUUUACCUACAGAGAAGUUUUAAUAGACCGGAUGCUUAAGGGCAUUUGACUUUAGCAAAUCAGAAAUACUGUCAGAAUAUUAAAAUUCUAUAUUGUAAUCAAAAGUAUCCAUGCCAUUUCCAAAUAAUAUGUUGUUGCCUGGAAUUAGACAACUUUAAAGCCAUCGUGCCCAGUGCUUUGCAAGCUGUAUUUGUAAUUGCUACUGAAGAGAAACCAUGUAAUUUUUAAUAGUCUAUGGAUGAACAACUAUUAUUGUUUAUGCUUCUUGGAGUUUUCUCUUUCCAGAUGAUUUAGUGAUUUGUGUAGAUAUUCUACCUUACUAUAGUUUGAAACAUUGAAAAAUUCCUAUAAAAUGUGUCCAAAAGUUUUAAAACUGCUAAUGUUAGUGGUUGUGAUGAAAAACACAGCUGAACCUUAGUAACUUUAGAGGAGUAGAUACUGUAGAAGGCUGUGAAAAACUUUUACCUAUGAAACAGCAUGCUGUUAAUUUGGUAGGUAAGGAUGAGAAAAUAAUAAUGCUUAGAAAAUAUAAAUAAAAUGACUUUAAUAUUA